GUAUAAGCACAAUGAGUCAAGCUAAAUAUGAUGAGCCACCAACUGAUGAGAAGUAUGAAUUAUUUCCUCUGAACUGCAACAUUAUAGAACUGAAGCCAGCCUUUGCUACAUUUAACUAUAGACAAGAAAAGCACUUUGAUGGAGUGGAUUUUAUUAAAUCUCAUGCAUCUCUUUUCCAUACUAUCUGUUCGAUAACAAAAUCUUACAAGAGGCUUUCAGAGUAUGAUCGAAUCCAAAAGCCAAGAGAAAUUUGCCAAGGAGUGCCACAAAAUGAUAAUGUCAUAGAGGAAGACCAAAUUUCAACUACAAGCUCGCAAGACCCAGUUUUGUCUGAAGAUAGGCAAGAAGAUACACCACUGGGUCCACUUUUGUCCCAAAAUGGGCAGGUGGUUCCAGAUUGGGCUGAAAACGGGCAAGUGGUUCCAAUUUUGGCCCAAGAUGAGCAGAUGGAUCCAGUUUUAACUGAAGAUGGUCAAGGGGUUCCAGCCAUAGCUGAAGAUGGUCAAGGGGUUCAAGUCAUAGCUGAAGAUGGUCAAGAGGUUUCAGUCAUAGCUGAAGAUGGUCAAGGGGUUCCAGUCAUAGCUGAGGAUAAGCAGGAAAUCUGUUUUGGUUGA